GAGAGAGGGAGAGAGAGAAGAGAGAGAGGGAGAGAGGGAGAGAGAGAGAGAGUCAAAGGGGAGGAGGGGCAGCGUGUCGGAGCUCAGAUGAAGGUUUUUUUUCCUCCUGCUGAGGAGUAUCUGACGGCAUGAACACGACUUCCUGAGAGAGAGAGAGCGAGAGAGCGAGGGAGACAUCCUCCGCUCAGUUUCCACGGUGACGGCAUCCCCCUAUCCUCCUCCUCCAUCAUCUCUGUGUCCGGCUGCCUUCGGCUCGUCGCUGCUGUCAGGAUGGGAGAUAAAGGAACCAGAGUGUUUAAGAAGGCCAGUCCCAAUGGAAAGCUCACAGUCUACCUGGGGAAGAGAGACUUUGUGGACCAUGUGGACCUGGUGGAGCCUGUUGAUGGCGUUGUCCUGAUCGACCCGGAGUACCUGAAGGAGAGGAAAGUGUUCGUAACUCUGACCUGUGCGUUCCGUUAUGGGCGCGAGGAUUUGGACGUCCUGGGGUUGACGUUUCGUAAAGACCUGUUUGUGGCGAACAUUCAGGCGUUUCCACCGUUGCCCGAAGAGAAGAAGAGUCUGACACGCCUUCAAGAACGGCUCAUUAAGAAACUGGGAGAACACGCCCAUCCGUUCACCUUUGAGAUUCCUCUGAACCUGCCGUGCUCCGUCACCCUCCAGCCGGGCCCCGAGGACACCGGGAAGGCCUGUGGAGUGGACUUUGAAGUGAAAGCUUUCUGUGCAGAAAACGUUGAAGAGAAGAUCCACAAAAGGAACUCUGUGCGUCUGGUGAUCAGGAAGGUGCAGUACGCUCCGGAGAAAGCCGGUCCUCAGCCCACUGCAGAGACAACCAGACAGUUCCUGAUGUCGGACAAACCUCUGCACCUGGAGGCCUCUCUGGACAAAGAGAUCUAUUACCAUGGAGAGCCAAUCAGUGUGAACGUUCACGUCACCAACAACACAAACAAGACGGUGAAGAAGAUGAAGAUCUCAGGUAGCUCUCUCCCUCUCUCUCUCUCUCUGCCUGUCAGUCUGCGUUUGUUCCAGAAGUUUGAUACGUUCAGGAUCCUUGUUUGUGGAGGAGACGGCAGCGUUGGCUGGGUUCUGUCCGAGAUUGAUGCUCUCACACUACACAAACAGUGUCAGCUGGGAGUUCUUCCUCUGGGAACCGGGAACGACCUGGCCAGAGUCCUUGGCUGGGGAUCGGCCUGUGACGACGACACGCAGCUGCCCCAGAUCCUCGAGAAACUGGAGAGAGCCAGCACCAAGAUGUUAGACAGGUGGAGCAUUAUGGUCUAUGAGACCAAGUUUCCACGACAACACUCUUCCUCCACGGUCACUGAGGACUGUAGCGAAGAUUCAGAGGUCCAGCAGAUUCUGACCUAUGAAGACUCAGUUGCAGCUCACCUGUCAAAGAUUCUGACCUCAGACCAACACUCUGUCGUCAUCUCAUCGGCCAAGGUCCUGUGUGAGACGGUGAAGGAUUUGGUGGCUCGUGUUGGGAGAGCAUAUGAGAAGAACACGGAGAGUUCAGAGGAGUCAGACGCCAUGGCUAAGAAGUGUGGGGUUCUGAAGGAGAAGCUCGACUCGCUCUUAAAGACUCUGAACGAGGAGUCUCAGGCCUCCACCCUGCCCCCCCCAGCUCCUCCCCCGACCAUCGAAGAGGAGCAGGAGGAGGCCGAAGGAGUCGCACCACCUCCUCCUCUUCCUCCUCUUCCUCCUCUUCCUCCUCUUCCUCCUCUCCCCCCCUGCUCCUCUCGCUCGCCCUGCUCUGCAGCAGCAGCCAUCUUUAAACCCCGAGAGCAGCUGAUGCUGAGAGCCAACAGUCUGAAGAAAGCCAUCAGACAGAUCAUCGAGCACACGGAGAGAGCUGUGGAUGAGCAGAAUGCUCAGACUCAGCAGCAGCUCUUCUGUCUGAGUCGGGCGGAGGAAGACGAGGGUCUGGUGGAGGAGGAAGAGGAGGAGGAGGAGGUGGAGGAAGAUAAAAUGUCUCUACAGUCGUCCUACAGCAGCAAACACCGCAACACCCGCAGAGUCAGUAAGACGCCCUGUGAGAAGCUGAUCAGUAAAGGCAGCUCUGCAUCUCUUCCUGUCCAGACAGGAAGUAGGGAGAACAUCCCCAUACUGAAUUCAAAGAUCCUCUAUCCAGGUCUCAGAGGGAUCUCUGGCUCUCUGUCCAGCAGUUCUGUGAUCAGUCGAUUGUUGGUCAAUGCCGACCCUUUCAGCUGUGACCCUGACAACAUGGACUGCUACACUGAGAAAUGUGUCAUGAACAACUACUUCGGAAUCGGACUGGACGCUAAAAUCUCUCUAGACUUCAACAACAAGAGAGACGAACAUCCAGAGAAGUGCAGGAGUCGCACUAAGAACAUGAUGUGGUAUGGAGUCCUGGGUACCAAAGAGCUGCUGCACAGAACCUACAAAAACCUGGAGCAGAGGGUCCUGCUGGAGUGUGACGGGCGGCCGAUCCCUCUGCCCAGUCUUCAAGGCAUUGCCGUGCUCAACAUCCCCAGCUAUGCAGGAGGAACCAACUUCUGGGGGGGAACCAAAGAGGACGAUACAUUCACAGCUCCGUCUUUUGAUGAUAAGAUCCUGGAGGUGGUGGCGGUCUUUGGCAGCAUGCAGAUGGCUGUUUCUCGAGUCAUUAACCUGCAGCACCACCGCAUCGCUCAGUGUCGAACCGUAAAGAUCACCAUCCUGGGAGAUGAGGGCGUCCCAGUGCAGGUGGACGGGGAGGCGUGGGUCCAACCUCCAGGUUACAUCAAGAUCAUCCACAAGAACCGGACCCAGACCCUGACCCGGGACAGAGCUUUUGAGAGCACUCUGAAGUCAUGGGAGGACAAACAGAAGUGUGAGUUUCCCCGCCCCCCUCCACCGCAGGCUACACAGCCCCCCCACUCCUCCCAGCCAGAGAUCGUCUCUGAGGAAGAGGCGUCACUCAUCAGUGAGUUUGGUCAGGCAGCAGGUGCUCUCAUACACAGUAUUCGAGAGGUUGCUCAGUCUCACCACAGUCUGGAACAGGAACUGGCUCACGCUGUCAAUGCCAGCUCGAAGGCUAUGGACGUGGUCUACUCCAACUCCAACACUUCUGGGGAACUGGGCUGCAGUGUGGUCCUUCAGAUGGUUGUAAACGUCAAAGCCUUACUCAGUGAGACUGAACUGCUGCUGGCGGGAAAGAUGUCCAUGCAGCUAGACCCUCCUCAACAGGAGCAGUUGAAUGCAGCUCUGAGCUCUGUAGCUCAGCAGCUCCGUCGACUGGCCGAUGUUUCCUGGUUGUGUCCCAUCAUCGAUCCCUCAGACCAAGAGGGUCCUCUCACUGAUUUCUCAAAGAGAAGCCGGAGUGCAAAGUUCAGACUCGUCCCAAAAUUCAAGAAAGAAAAAAAUAACAAGAACAAAGAAACCUGCGCUACUCUCUCACUGCCAGUUCACCAGUGGGGGACAGAGGAGGUGGGGGCGUGGCUGGACUUCCUGUGUCUCACUGAGUAUAAGGACAUCUUUAUUGGACAUGAUGUCCGUGGAGCUGAGCUCAUCCACCUGGAGAGGAGGGACCUAAAGGACCUGGGCGUGACAAAGGUGGGUCACAUGAAGAGGAUCCUGCAGGGCAUCCGAGAUCUCAACAGGAACAGCAGCGCCAGUGAGGCCUGACCACUGCCAGGUGACUGCUCCUCUCUUACCUCAACCACGGCCUGUGACAUCACAGCAGAAUCUCACUGUGAUUGGUUGUUCUAUAAGACAUUCCCAGGAGUUUACCUUUAUUUUGCAAUAGGCAAUGACCAUAUUUGGUCAAGAGGGAGGAACAGCUCCUCCCACUUGACCAAAUAUGGUCAUUUGUGUAUCAGUUGGAUUAGGAUGAGACAAUCAAGACUCUUUGAUUGGACGAGGAUCCUGUCUGCCGCGUCACAGAACCAAUCAGACCCAUCAGUGCCUUUUCAACACAAACCAGCCAAUUAGCUUCAAGGACACGUGGGGACCCAAACCAAUCAGAUCGCCCCCCUGGUCCCGGACAUGAGGACAACGCUUUAAUCUGCCAAAGACCUGAACUCUGAAGGACACGGGGGGGAGCAUCCUACUGAAAGACGUACCAGUCUUUCUGAUGUCACUUCCUGAUUACACAUUUGAAGGGACCAACCAGACGAGCAGCUGCACUGAACCUGAUCCAAUAGAAGACACUAAGCCCGCCCAGCUCAGUAUCGUCCAAUCACAUCGCUCAGAGAGGUUCACAUUAGUUUACCCAAUCAGACGUCAGCUGAAGACAGUUUGAUGUUUUCAAGGUUGAGAGGGAAGGUUCUUCACACUCGUUCACGUCUUGAAUCAAUUGAUGUUUGUUUGUUUGUUUGUUUGUUUGUCUUUAAACAGUCUUUAAUCUUUGUUUGUGUCGUUUGUGAUCUUUAAUAAUAUCGUGACGUGUUCUUGCUCUAAAUGUUUAAAUGUGUCAAAGUCACUAAAAUAUCAAAUAAACAAACAAACAAACAAACUUGUUUCUUCUUUGUGUGUUUUGAGACGUUUUCAUUAAAAAGCUUGUUUUUCAACUC